CUCAAGUUUUCUCAGCGGCUCGAGAUGUCUCGUCGUCUAGGAACUGAAGCUGCAACGCCUGCAGCCAUGGCGGCCUAUUCUUCAGUUUCUGCAGGGGAAUCCUUGGUGAACCACGAGGAUGACGAUGAUGAGCCCAAGUCACAUUGGCUGAAAGUGCCCUUGUCAAAGACAUCUGCGCUCUCUGUCACCGAGAAUUUUGUGAAGAAGUCCAAUUGGUUUCGCUCCAAAAAACAGAAGCAGCUGCUUGAGCAAAUGGCUCAGCCGCAGCCCAUCACUGGGAACAUCUACAGGUAUAUGGCAGCGUUGGUGAAUGUUGCCACGGGUCAAGAUACAGUGCCCAGUUCCAAUCCCGACUCGAGUGCUGGCUGCUGCAGCACGUGCUGCGGCUGCUGCGAUUGCAAGAAGUGCUGCAGGAGCUCUUGGGCAAGAUUGACACCAGGGAGCAUCCUGACUGUCAUGAUGAUCCAGCUCCUUUCGCCGGUUUCAAUUUGCUAUUCCCACGUGAAGAGGCUGGACUGGGAGACCACCCACUUUGGUUUGGGCCAGGAGUCAGGCGUCGAGUUCUGGCUGGGUAGAUGCCUUGCCGCGCUUUUCCUCUUUGGCUUUGCCGGCUUCUUACGUGUACACCUCGGUGAGGAGAUCCAUGCAGAUCGCAAGAUGCGGCUGCUGAUCAUGAAGGAUGUGAGGCUCGGGCAGCUGAUGGGACGAGCUCGCCACUGGAUGACGGUUGGAAGGAUCAUGAACUUCAGCGUCAGCUUCUUCUGCCUCAUUGCGAUGUGGCUGGUUUUCCACGUGUCAAGUGAUCCGAAGGAUGUCGUCUAUGACUCAAUGGGCUUGGCCUUCAUCAUCAAGCUGGACAAUGUGGCCGGCGACAUGGGAGUCAUUGGGCCAGCUCAGUGGGAUGAAGACGUCCUGGGGAUCUACUGGACUCUGGUGAUGGGCUCCGCCGCUUCAGAGAAGCACGAGAAGGAGGAGAGAACGGAAGCCCAUGAGGUGAGCGCGACAAUCCGCAAUUUGCUGAUGACAAAAGCGGUUAAGAUCUACAACCAAAAGAUGAAGCACGAGGCCAAGCCGGAUGACAGGCGGCACAAGGAAGCUCGGCUUCCGGACAGAAGCUGGGAUGACAUGACUUGGUUCGUGCCUGACCCAGAAGAGGGGCAAGCCAACUUUAAUGAAGUCUUCCAUCAUCCAGCCGUCCAAGAAUACGUGCAGAGCGAGGAUUUCGUCAACUACCUCUAUUCAAAGCUUGGGAAUGAGCGUGCUAUAGCAGACCAGAUGGGGUUGGGUUUCAUCAGGCUCUUCCAGUAUGUCGGUCCGAUCACGUUCUUUUUCAUCCAGAUUCGGAGGAAAGCUUAAGUUUCACGCCACCAACGAAUGCAGAGAAGCAUGGGG